GGGGUGCCGCUGCCGGCGCUCCCGGGACACCGGGGCAGGGCAGGGCAGGGGGGUGUGACCGGCAGCACCGGGCUCGGUGUGCCCAGCUCGCCCCGGCUCCGAGCCCCGCCGGGGCUGGGGGCUGCGGUGCAGCCGGAGCCUCGCUUGUCCUUGGGAUUUACACCGAGGGAUCGGCCACGCGUGGCAGCGGCUGGGACCGGGGGUUUGUCCCCAGAGGCUCGGUUCUGCACGGCCCGGGUGGUUCCCGGAGGUUACAGGUGUUUGUUCUCGUUGCUCGGUCACGGGAGGGGAGCCGUGACCCUCGGCUGCGUUCCCAGCUCCCGCUGCUUGUUGGCUGACCUUGGGCAAGCGCUGCUCUCCAUGUGCCCGGGCUGCACAUGGGCUGCUCUCCUGGGGCUCCGCGGCUUGCAAAAACUGCAGGAAUACAAAUGCAAAGGGAGGCUCGGGAACGGCGCUGCCCUUACCGCGAGGGACAGAGCCAGGGCUCCUUUCCUUGCGGUGACGCUGGGGUGGGUGACAGCGCUGGUGGCACUUUGCAAAGCGGAUUGACAGGGCGGUGACACCUGUGACAGCUGCCUGUUGGCACGGAAUGUGCCACCUUGCCCCACAGCAGCGCUCUGCCAGCUGGGGCAUCACCAGUGCCCCAAAUGAGACGGGAAACCGAGGAGCAGAGCGCUCCAAGAGCCUUCCCAGGGCUGCCCUGCUCAGACCUCCUGAGCCCUGAGCCAGCAGCUCAACCUCUGCACCUUCCUGCCCCCUGGUCAUGCACUUCUUCCCGCUAUCAGCUCAGCUGGAGGGUUGUGCUCCAUGAGUUCAGAGCUGAAUUCAGCUGUCCUGGGGGCAUGCUGGAAGGAUGGACAUUCCUGAACUGCUCUGCAGGAGCUGCUUGGAAAAUCAGGUUUUGGGACACUCUGGGAGAGGUAAACAGGAGCCUUUGGUAGCCAGAGGCGGGAGGCUUUCCCUGCAGAAAGAGGAGAUGGAGAAGAAAAGACAAAAGAUCCUGAAACUGGAGUGGAGCUGCCUGGAAGAGGUUGUUCAGAGCACAGAGUUGGACUCCACGUGGUGGAAAACGUGAAGCCUGGAGGCUGAGAUUGGCCUGAACACCUCCUCACCUCUCGUGUGAGCAGUGACAGUGACAGUCCCUGGGCAGCACUGGGAGUGCCCCUGCUUCUUGUUCCUGGCAGGUUUGGCACCACGUAAGGGUUCUUUCCUAAGGAGAAGAGCAUUUAUAUGGCAUCCAGAGUGCUCCAAAAUUCCCUCUCGCAGCUCUCAGGACCCUGAGGAGUGCUGAUAACAAGGACUGGCCCGACUGGUUUGCAGCUCCACAGAAAUCUCAUGGAAAAAGUUCUGGAGGGAUUUGGACAAAGAUGAACGAAGACUUCCCCAGCUGAGCUCUCCCAGCGGCUCCUGAGCCAAGAGCUGCGUGUGGGGAGGCACCAAAUGGUCUCUGUGAGCUGCCAGGACCUGCUGCCCUCCCUGCCCGGCCCUUCCCUGCUCGAGAGCCUGGCCAGUGCCCUGCAGUGCAGGAUGCCACCGUCCCUUCUGCCAGGACACGGCGGUGACAGGACGUGUGGCCACCCGGAGGGCUCUGGGCACGUCCUGGCGGGUGGCACCGGCCACGCUGAGCCUGUCCCGCUGCCCAGUGUCAAGGAGGAGCCCCCCAAAGCCCAGCUCACCGAGGCUCAGCUCAGGCUGCCCGACUUCUGCCUCUCGCAGGACUUCAUCCCCACGCUGGAGGAGAUCGAGGAGUUCCUCAGGGAGAAGGCAGAGCUCCCCAGGGAUGAGGCAGGAGAUCCUCACCCCACGGGGUGGAAGGUGGAGAGCAAAGCUGAGCUCGGCUCUGGGGCACAGCCCAUCCCCAGGGCACACGAGGGAGGAGCAGGACAUGUCCCAGAGGCUGUGGGGACAGCUGCUGGUGACCAGGGGCAGGCUGCUGACAACCAGGUGGUGGCUGCUGGUGACCAGGUCGUGGCUGCUGGUGACCAGGUGCUGGCUGCUGGCAGCAUCCCCGUUGUCCUGCAGCUCCAGCCUCUCCCCAUGGACAGCGUCACCCCCCCAGCACAGCCUGGGGGUGUCAGGGUGGCCCAGCUGCUGAUCAGCCUGCAGAGCCCAAACCUGCCCGUCCUCCCUCAGCUCCAGCCCCCUGGCACCACCCUGGACCAAAAAUACGUCAGAAUUGCCCCUCUGCCGGUGGCCCCGGGGCCGGGGGACGUGCAGGGGGCAGAGGCAGCCCCCGGGGGGGGCCAGCAGGGCCCCCCUGCCCCGCUCCGCGCGCACCGCUGCUCCCACCCGGGCUGCGGGAAGGUUUAUUCCAAGAGCUCCCACCUGAAGGCUCAUUUCCGACGGCACACGGGGGAGAAACCCUACAGCUGUGCCUGGCCCAACUGCGGCUGGAGGUUCUCCCGCUCGGACGAGCUCUCCCGCCACAAGCGCUCCCACUCCGGCCUCAAGCCCUACCCGUGCCCCGCCUGCGAGAAGAGGUUUGCCCGCAGUGACCACCUGGCCAAGCACCUGAGGAUCCACGGGGGGCAGCCCUGCAGCCCGGGGGCGCUCCCCUAGUGCCUGCGUCCCCAGUGGGACAGCAGAUGGAUUUUGUGGAGCCUCAAAGCCACCAGGAGAACAGCAAGCAGCACCAGCCAAGCCCUUUCCACCCCAGAAGGACAUUUCCAAGGGGACACACGGACGUGUGAGGAGCCUGGAGGAGCUGGGAGCUCCUGCCAGGGCUGCAGAGCAGCUCCAGGCUGCUGACGUUCUCCUCCUGUUUGCCUUGGGGUUAAUUAAAGUCCAGCUCCUCGCUGCCGUGCCAGCUCCCCGAGCUUUUGCAAACAUCUGGGAGGGAAGGAGGCGCUUGUACAAACACAGCUCAGCGUCAGG